CUCUCGAGUGUUCAAUGGGGAAGGUGAGCAGCAGCAGCCCGGACUGUUGUGACUGAAGGACUUUUUGGACUCGGCAUCCGUCGGAGGUCGACUUCCCCGAGAACGUCAACCACGCAACCAGAUGGAGAGCGAAGAUGACGGAGUCCUCCGCUGCCGAGCCCCCCCUAAGAGGACCCCCUUCCCAGAUUUGGCGUCGGAUGGCUCUUCGAAUGGGCCAUGUAAUCAGGGACAGCAGCAAGGCAAUGGCGGUGACCACAUUACCAGCAAUGGAAAAAUUGAAGUGGAACAGGUGAUCAGCAAAAAGCUUCAACUGAAAAGAAAAGCAGAGUUCCUGAAGACUGACCUGAUGCAUCAGUUGGAGAGUCAGGUCAAUGACUUCAUGGACAGUCUUAUCGAGGAGUCGGCCAUCCUGGAGCCGGCCCCGGUACCUGCUGUCUUCUCCCCGCCGCUGUCGGACAAGGAGCGGGGAAAACUCAGGAAUUUCCGGCCUCCUCAUGGCGAGGGGAAGCACUUUGUCAGUCGCAGGUCCCUCUUAGACGAGCUGUUGGAGGUGAACCACAUCAGGACUAUCUACCACAUGUUUAUUGCCCUGCUCGUUCUCCUCAUCCUCAGUACGCUGGUGGUAGAUUUCAUUGAUGAAGGCAGACCGGUGCUGCACUUUGACCUGCUGGUCUAUGCGUUUGGCCAGUUCCCGCUGGUGUUGUGCACGUGGAUCUGCAUGUUCCUGUCUGUGUUGCUGGUUCCUUACUCCCUCUUCCACCUGUGGGUGCAGACCCAGUGUGGGUCCUACACUCACCCCGGGUUGUGCAGCUUGCUCUUUGGCUCUGCGUUCCUCCUCUACCAAGCUGUGGGUGUGGGCUUCCUGCCUACGUACGUGGUGGUGACCAACAGCCUCCCCCCCGCAUCCUGCUUCAUCGUCAUCCUGGAACAGGUGCGUCUAAUGAUGAAAGCCCACUCCUUUGUCAGGGAGAAUGUACCAAGAGUCCUGUCCUGGGCUAAAGAAAAGACCAGUCCCCGCCCAGUGGUCCCUCAGGUGUCUCAGUACAUCUACUUUCUGUUUGCACCUACACUCAUCUAUAGAGACAAGUACCCCAGGAACCCAGUGAUCAGGUGGAGCUACGUAGCUACAAAGUUUCUUCAGGUACUGGGCUGUAUGUUUUAUGCCUAUUACGUGUUUGUGCGGCUGUGCAUCCCUCAGUUCCGUAGCAUCAGUCUGCAGCUGUUUGACCGGAGGGCCAUGGUCCUCUGUGUGUUCAACUCUAUCUUGCCAGGAGUGUUGAUUCUCUUCCUGGGAUUCUUUUCCUUCCUCCACUGUUGGCUUAAUGCUUUUGGUGAGAUGCUGCAAUUUGCAGACCGGAUGUUUUACAAGGAUUGGUGGAACUCGACCUCUUUUGCUAAUUACUAUCGGACUUGGAACGUCGUGGUCCAUAACUGGCUGUACUACUAUGUUUACCGUGACUUCCUGUGGAUAUCUCAGAAGCGCUUCAGACCAGUGGCCAUGCUGUUUGUGUUUACGCUGUCUGCAGUUGUCCACGAGUACAUCCUCGCAAUCUGCUUUGGUUUCUUCUAUCCCGUCCUCUUCUGCCUCUUUAUGUGCUUUGGAAUGAUGUUUAACUUCAUUCUGCACGACCAAAGAAAAGGUCCCAUCUGGAACAUAAUCAUGUGGACCUCCCUCUUCCUGGGCCAGGGAGUCAUUAUCUGUCUGUACUCGCAGGAGUGGUAUGCCCGGCACUACUGCCCCCUAAAGGAGCCGUCAUUGCUUGAGUUACUGAAGCCUCGCUCCUGGAGCUGUCAGAGAGGUCUGACGGAGGACUCUGAUAGGCUGUGAUUUACUGCUGAGGAUCAUCACAA